GGUGGUCAGGAGAAAUCCUUUGAACACAGGGUUGCCUUGUACUAUGAUAAGGAGUAUUAUCCUGAUGAAAGUGAAAACGAGAAAGAUCUCUUCACAAUUCGUGGGAAACUAGAAGAAAGUGAAUUUGAGGUGUACGACCUCAAUAGAGAUGGAUUUGAGAGCAUCAUGGACACUUACGCCUACAGUGUACAGAACUGCCGGCAUGGCAUUUACUUCCUACCGAUAACAAGCCAAAUGGCUAAAUACAGAUUUAACAAAUUUCUUGCUAACAAAUUAAGAGGGGAUGAAACAACUGAAAGAAAUCAGAUUCUGAUCAGUUUCAAUGAUGGAGAUAUGGAGAAUUUAGUUGCGUCGGUGAAAGUCUACCUGACUGAUGCUGUGCCUCUGCGUUAUGAUCGACAGAACCUGAGAACUUUUGAUUGGAGGGAGUUGUUCAAGCGGCUGGAAAGACCAGGUAGUUCAUUAACAGUAGAAGAGGCCAAGACACUAGUGGAAGGAGACUCGAUGUCUGUUGAAGACCUUGCAAAAAAGCUGAAGAUCCCCCAAGAGGUGGUUGAUGGUCUUUCAAGACAGUUCAUAAAGGAAAAACAGAGAGAAGAGCUUUUGCGUCUGUGGAUAGGCAAGGAGGGGCCGAAGGCAACGAGGGAUGCCCUGCUGAAGGCUGUGUUUGUUGGAGCAAAGUCCAACAAGGGCACAAGAAUGGAACCUUCAUCAACUGAGCCAAGGUUUACAUCAGAGCAACCAAGCAGCUCUGUUGAGUUUAAUAGUCUACUCGCAGAGAAAACAAAGCUAGACAACAAAAAGGACUCCACAAGCUUCAAUGACACCAAGGAAGAAGAUGACACCAAGGAAGAAGAUGACACCAAGGAUGACAAUGACACCAAAGGACAAGGGAAAACCAAGAAGGAAGAUGACACCAAGGAACAAGAUGACACUAAGGCACAGGGUGAAGCCAAGAAAGAAGAUCACACAAAGGAUGAAGUUGACACCAAGGAAGAAAAUGGCACCAUGGAAGAAGAUGACACCAAAGAACAAGGCCUAAGGUUCUCAGACGAAUGA